AUGUUUUCACGACUGUCUUCCAGGGUCCUCAAACCAAACGUGCGAUCAUUAGCAACUAUGGCUACCAAUACCUCCACCUAUAAGCUUAACCACACGAUGAUGCGGGUCAAGGACCCGCAGCGAUCAGUGGAGUUCUACAAGUUCCUCGGCCUGAGCCUAGUGAACAAGAUCGACAUGCCGGAAUGGAAGUUCUGCAACUACUUCCUGGCUUACAACGGCCCGGCCUCCCUCCAGGGUGACCGCCACUGGACCGACCGCAACGCCGUUCUGGAGCUCACUCACAACUACGGCACCGAGAACGAUCCUAACUAUAGCGUUGUGAACGGUAACACAGAGCCGCAUCGCGGCUUCGGCCACAUCGCCAUCUCGGUCGACAACAUUGAAGCUGCUUGCAAGCGUAUCGAGGAUGCCGGAUAUCCGUUCCAGAAGAAGUUGACCGAGGGUCGAAUGCGCCACAUUGCUUUUGCCAAGGAUCCCGAUGGAUACUGGGUUGAGAUUAUCCGUCGCGCCGACGAGGAUAUUGGUACCACCACCAACCCCGACAGCUACCGUUUGAACCACACCAUGCUGCGUGUCAAGGAUGCCGAGGCUAGUGUCAAGUUCUACCAGGAGUCCAUGGGUAUGACCCUCGUGCGCACCAUUGAGAACCCGGAGAACAAGUUCAACUUGUACUUCCUGGGAUACCCCGCCUCCAACCCAGAGAUCAAGGAGGGUACCAAGAACGGAGUUGCGGAAUGGGAAGGUCUGCUUGAAUUGACUUGGAACUACGGUACUGAGAAGCAGGAGGGUCCUGUCUACCACAACGGCAACACGGAGCCCCAGGGUUUCGGUCAUAUCUGUAUCUCGGUGGAUGACCUCCAGGCUGCGUGUGACCGGUUCGAGACGCUCAACGUCAACUUUAAGAAGCGCCUGACGGACGGACGGAUGCAUAACAUUGCAUUUGUCUUGGAUCCGGAUGGAUAUUGGAUUGAGGUU